AAGGGGAAACGAAGAAAGGAAAGGCUCAUGCAUUCAUAUAUGAGCCAUGGAGAAAGAAAAGAAAGAAAAAUGACAUCUUGUGAAAAGCAAGAAUAAAAAUUUUGACAUUUCGGGUAUGUGUGCUUUGGGAUUUCAAUAUUAUAAUUAUCAUAGUUUGUCUUCACAUUCCUUGUCAGAGAACAGUGAAAACUCAUCAAAGUCUAGGACUUCUCAGGUCACCUUCUUCAAUCAAAGAGGACUCCUCUUAUAUAUAUAUAUAUUGUUUUUCUUUUAAUUUGCCCCCACACCCCCACCCUUUUUUUACCUGUUUAUGGAUCCCAAGGGCGCCAAGCAGCCUCCAGAGGAAGUAGCCAACUUGUUGAGCCUGCCACCCCAACCCCAACAGCAACAGCCUCAAAACAUGGGAGAGAAUAAAGCAGCAGAAAUCAAGGAUUUCCAGAUUGUGGUUGCAGAUAAAGGAGAAGGGAAGAAGCAACAGUUGGCCCCAAAGAGAAGUUCUAACAAAGACAGGCACACCAAAGUUGAAGGAAGAGGUAGAAGGAUAAGGAUGCCUGCUUUAUGUGCUGCUAGAAUCUUUCAGUUGACCAGGGAAUUGGGUCACAAGUCUGAUGGGGAAACAAUACAGUGGCUGUUACAACAAGCUGAACCAUCCAUAAUUGCCGCCACUGGGAGCGGAACAAUUCCAGCAUCAGCUUUGGCUGCAGCUGGAGGCUCAGUUUCACAGCCAGGGGCCUCUCUAUCAGCAGGGUUGCACCAAAAGAUGGAAGAUUUAGGGGGGUCCAGUAUAGGGUCAGGGAGCAGUAGGACCAGUUGGACAAUGGUUGGUGGCAAUUUGGGAAGACCCCAUCAUGUGGCGACCGGGUUAUGGCCACCAGUCAGUGGUUUUGGGUUUCAGUCAUCAUCUGGUCCGUCUACAACAAAUUUAGGCAGUGAUAGUUCCAAUUAUCUGCAAAAGCUUGGGUUUCCAGGUUUUGAUUUGCCAGCUAGUAACAUGGGUCAGAUAAGUUUCACCUCAAUCUUGGGCGGAGCUAAUCAGCAGCUCCCGGGUUUGGAACUUGGGUUAUCUCAAGAUGGUCAUAUUGGGGUCUUAAAUCCUCAUGCUUUGAACCAGAUUUAUCAGCAGAUGGAGCAAGCUCGGAUGCAACCCCAACAUCAGCAUCAGCACCAGCAACAACCCCCUGCUAAGGAUGACUCCCAAGGAUCGGGCCAGUAAAGCUUUAAACUUUGAGAGCAAGAUGAAAAUGAGUAGGAUUCCUGAGACAGGAUCGCUUUGUUUUUUCUUGUAAUGGUUCAGUAUUGUAUAAUGGGGAAAACAAAAAAAAAAAAAAUAACAAGUGUGAGAGAAAUGGAUACUUUUCCUCUCAGAAAUCUAUGGGGACUAGAUUGAGUGGCUUCUUUCUUUCUGCACUGCUUCACCCAAGUUUCCAUUACAGAGGUGGAGCUUUGCACAGCUCAGUAGCUUGGAUUUGGGCUCAACUUCUUGUUUGAUUCAGGGUGAAGAAAGAAAUGGGUAGUAGGGGGAGUUCAAGUAGCAGGCAAUUACAAAGAAAGCCCAAUUAAGCUUUGGUGUUGAAUUGGAACGCCCACUCGAAUCAUCUCGCAAAGACAAAAGGGAAUAUGAUGAUGGAGUCCACUUCUACAGCUGGUAGCCAUGAACCUCAACCUUUUCUGCACCUUCAAUUCUAGAUGAUCUGAAUCUAUAGCUAUAGCUACCAUUUCUUAGAUUCUGCCUUUAUAUAUUUACAUAUGUUUCUUUCUUUGUACACCUUUCCUUUCUUAUCCUAUCCUAGUGUGUGCUUUGCAUAAACCGUGAAUUCUUAGGCUAAAAUAAAAUGAAAUGAAUUACACUCCAAUAGACUAAACUUCUAUAGAA